AUGGCGCCGUUGUCGUCACUGCCCCUGGUAUCGCCCUUAGAAACCCAUGUUCUUGAGCUCACUGGAUUUUCCUCCAUGAUCCGUACGCGUGAUUUGCACUUGAUUCUCGCGCCGUGGAGCUAUGGCGAGCCCGAGGCGUACAGAAUUAAAUGGCAAGACGACAACACGGUCUAUAUCCUCUUCCAAGAAGCUAGCGUCGCAAAAAAGGUGUACCUUUCCCUUUUGUGUUCUCCACCAGACAUACUCCGUGCAGAUUUUCACGGGACAGAAUUGUAUGAUGCCACGCGUAUACCUUGCGGUCGGUUACAGAGCGUUCCAUACGCUCACAUACGCCCCUUGAACGGACCCAAAGCCGACGCCUUGCUCGCGAACGCCAACAUGAAUGUGAGGAAAAACAUGACAACGGCCGCUGCCUUGGCAUGGCCCUCCCCACCCGCGUCACCAUCCGUGCCUGAUUAUCGACGAAUACACCGCCGCAUUGUAAGCGGCACGGCUGUUCCGUCGCGCACGAGUGAUCCCUUCUUUCAUCUUCCCACCGACUUCCCACAUGCCGGAAGUCGGCGAUAUGUGUCCGCAGAUAGCAGUGAUGUUCUUCUAUGA